AAGAGCAGGAAGUUGAUGUGCAGUAAAAACUGCUCCCCAGGGGAGGUUCGCUCAAAGGUUCAGAGGGGUGGGUUGAGGACCUUCUGCCCCACAUCUGUGGGCCAGCACCAAGUGUGACAUGUGAGCAGUGUAAAUCUGUACUUUGGUCUGGAUCCAAGCUGACGCCCUCGAGCCGCUCACUCGCUCCAGAGAAGAGAGGACGUUCACAGCACGCUGAAAGAUGAUCCGACACAUGCUGCCUGCUCUGGCCCUGCUCCUCUGCCUCCCAUGCUCGACUGACGGAGGGAAAGUCCUGGUGGUUCCCAUCGACGGAAGCCACUGGAUCAACAUGAAGGUGGUCAUCGAGGAGCUCCACUCCAGAGGACACGAGAUCACGGUGAUCCGGCCAGCGGACACCUGGUACAUCCCAGCCCAAUCCCCCCAGCACAAGACCAUCACAGUCAACACCUCCAUUGGCUUCGAUGAGAGCGCGUUCGGAGAGUUUGUGAACAAGAUGAUAACAAUGCGGAGGGAGGGCGCCUCAUUCUGGGCCCGCCUCGCUCUGGAGUACCAGCUGGUGCUGCAGUUCUACGAUCUGAACAAACAGGUGGUGGAGAUGACGGGUCAGAUGUUCGAGGACCAGCAGCUGAUGCAGAGAUUACAUGAGGACAAGUACGACUUGGUUCUGACGGACCCGGCCACUGGGUCGGGGGUGCUCCUGGCUCGGCGGUUAGCGUUGCCUCUAGUCCUGAACGUCAGAUGGACGGUCCAGGGCGAUGGCCAUUUCGCCAUCGCUCCGUCCCCAUUAUCAUACGUACCUCUCCCCGGAGCAGAGCUGACUGAUAAGAUGACGUUCACUGAGCGCGUGAAGAACAUUAUGUACUUCUUUUUUUCCAAGCUACAAAUAAUGUACGUGACUGACUCGAACUACCGACCUUUCGUGCACCGAUACUUCGGCCCUGACGUCCACUACAUGGAGCUCUUCCAGGCUGCUGACAUCUGGCUGAUGAGGAACGACUUCGCCUUUGACUUCCCGCGGCCCACCAUGCCCAAUGUGGUCUACAUGUCAGGGUUCCAGUGCAAGCCCUCCAGACCACUCCCCAAGGAACUAGAGGAUUUCGUACAGAGUUCAGGGGAACACGGCGUCAUCGUGAUGUCCUUGGGCACCUUGGUGGCAGAACUUCCAGAAGACAUCACAGAAAACAUUGCCGCUGCCUUUGCCACUCUUCCACAAAAGGUGAUCUGGAGACACAAGGGUAAAAGACCAUCCACACUCGGCAACAACACCUUAGUUGUGGACUGGCUGCCCCAGAACGACAUCCUGGGUCACCCUAAAACCAAAGUCUUUGUUGCCCAUGGGGGCACCAACGGGAUCCAAGAGGCCAUUUACCACGGCGUCCCUCUCUUGGGCCUACCCCUCAUGUUUGACCAGCACGACAACUUCUUCAGGAUGAAAGCCAAGGGCGUGGCCAAAGUGCUGGACAUCGCAACAGUGAACAAGGACAACUUCCUGGAGGCCCUGAAGGAGGUUCUGCACCAGCCGUCGUACAGGGAAAAGAUGACCAAGCUGUCCAGAAUCCAGAAGGACCAGCCCCUGAAGCCCAUGGAGCGAGCCAUGUUCUGGAUCGAGUUCGUCAUGAGGCACAAAGGGGCGAGUCACCUGCGGACGGAGUCGUACAAGAUGGGCACCAUCCAGUACUACAUGAUCGACGUGGCAGCGUUUCUGCUGGUGAUCCUUGUGACGCUCGUCUACACCUCCAUCGUGAUGGUCAGGUGUUUGCUGAGGAAGGUGGCCGGGCGAAGCAAAGCCAAGAAGGAAUGAUGACCGUGGGUGAACGAUUCCACCUUUCUUCGGCAGCAGAGGGUUCAAGCCACGACCUGGUCCCGCCCACGCAUGCCUGGAGGGUCAGUCCAGCAGCACUGACGCAAAGAGAGUUCCAGCUCACUGUAGUCUUUAGCUCUCCUGUUAGCAACAUGAUCUUCACAUGUACACAAACCUUGAUCAUUCGAGUCACGAAGACCUCAGAGUGAGGCCACUGAAACUGUGUUUUCCAUCCAAACGAAUAAAGAAAA